AUGUCGGCGGCUAUGAGCGGUCUUCUGGAGGAGUGCGGCGUGCCCCCGGAGAAGCGGCAGAAACUCUCGGAUGGCAUGGAGGGGUUCAUGACCAAAUUGGUGGAUAACGCAAUCCAGCAGGCGGUCGACGCAUCUGAUACGCGUUGGGAUGCUAGGUGCGAGGAGCUGAUGAUCCGUUUCAUGGCGCAGGUGGACGCCAAGAUUGCUGAGUCAGAGAAGCGCACGGACGUCAAGUUCGAGGAACUCAUGCGUCGCCUCACGCUGGUGGAGGUGAAGGGGUACAUCACCGACUGGAGCAAGCGCAAUGAACUAGCGCUGACCCGGACGGAGAUGAAGAUGUGGGUGGAGUCUAUGGUCGCGCAGGUCGGGGAGGAGGUGAAGACGCUUAUCGAUGUUCAGGCCACGCUGAACUCCGGCUCCCGGGUCCUGUUCACUAGGGUCGACGUCUGUUUGGUGCAGGCUGCCGUGAGGGACGACGCCUGGAAGGUCAAAAAGGAGAUCGACAUGUUGAUCUCCAAGGGGGGGUGCAAAAUCCGGAGCCUCGACCCCUACGUCAUCGUGGAGCCCUCUCCCGAACGGCGUCCAUACCUUCAGGCAGGAGGACGUUUCCUAGGCUACCUGGAGAAGCACGGGGUGUCCAAGGUCAACGUGAAGGCAGAGUGGGGCCCACCGCUCCGCGUGUAUGACAUCCGCGGCGCACGACCGGCACAGCUGGCGCAAUUCGACACGCUGACAGGAUGGUCCUUGCAGCAGGCGGCGCUCGAAUCCCUCAUUCCGGACGUGCAGGUGGAGCAGGUCAUGGCUGACCUGCGCAAGUGA